UGUGAAGGACAACCUGUGAAUAACUCGGUGGUUAAGGUCAUUACGAAUUGACUGGAAAGGCCAUGAAAUAGGAACGAUUGGACUAUCGCUCUGAUAUAUACUGAAGCGAUAGAUUAGGUUUUAUUGAUCAAAGGUUAUAAAUCCAAGGCCUCAUGAAAUGACGCUUCUUUUUUCAUCAUCUUUUUCAUUUCAUGUCCAAAAUCUGGUGAACAGUAAAAGAUAAUCCUGAGAAAAUAGUAUGAAAUGAUGAAGGAGAAGAAGGAAGAAUGGUGAUGAGAAAGGUAGAGAGAAAAGUUAUUAUAAAAAAGAUUACUGAAGAAUAAUGGAGGAAGUUUCUUAGGUAAAACCGGUUUUAUCAACGCUAAAGAAGCUGAGUUAACCAUCAUCCGUUUCUUUUUCUCAAUGACUUUUGCCAUACUUGGCAUAUGAAUAACAUCAUUCGCCAUUACCACCAUCAUCAUUUCUCUCUCCUGAUCCACAAAAUUUCAGUUAAAUUCCAAUAGAUUCAUCAACUAGUUAUUUACCAGAUAUCUACAAUGGCCAUUAUGGAUUUCAAAUUAGUGGUCUUAAUUUUGACCAUUGGCUUGGUUCAUGGAGACAUGAUGAGAAAAAGCAUCGUUUUUGAUAUCAAAACACCCAAGGUUUUCUAUUGUCCACAAGAGAAGCCAACAGAUGUUAACAAAAUGAUUGUUAAAUCUCGUUCAUUGGAUAAAUUAUGUGAAUAUGGAGGUAAAGGUGUACCAAAAAAUUCAAGAUCCGAUUGUUAUAAUGACAUUGACGAAACCGAAUAUGCCUGUGCUGAAAAACAAAGGAUAUUGUUACGUAUCAACCCACCAAAUGACACAGAAACUACAACUACAGCUAUUCCAUCUCCUGAUAUGCCUGAGUAUAUUAAGAUCAACAAGAAGGACACAGGAUCUGGAAAGCCUGGAAAAUCAAAGAAAUACUAAUUCCUGUUGCAAUCAAGUAUUCUAAUGCCCUUAAUCGAGAUCUGAGAUUUUGACCGAAAUAUAUUUG